GCUAUUGACAGUUCAUCGCGUCCUAACAGCUGUUUUUAGCUAGCGGCCUCACGAAAUACGAUUUAUCAGUUGCUACACGUGCUUACUAAUUAGAAGAAAUCAAUCCUACUGUUUUUUACUAAAGUGCCUAAUAUUUCAAAUAGACAAUGGAUGAAGAUAAUGGAGUUAAAGCUCCAGUAACACGGUUAAGGAGAAGGCUCUCUGUAGAACAACCAGAUGAUUCAAAAUCACCAGGGCCAGCUACACCAACUAAAAAAAGAGGAAGGUUAGCAGCAAAGCCACAGUUGGAACUUAUCAAUGAAGAUGUUAACAUUGAAACUAAAAAAGUAACAAAAAAAGCAGCAACUAAAGACUUAGCAGAAGCUACAGAAGAAAAACCACUGACACCAGCAAGGCGUAGCACCAGAAUCAAGUCUAACACAAGUAUUGUAUCUGAAACUGCACAAAACUAUGGUUCUCCCAGAGCAAAAAGGGCUGCCAGAAGAACAUCUCAAGUUGGCAGUGAUAAUGAAUCCACAAGUACACCCGUUAGACAAACUAGAAAAACUAGAAAAGAUUCUGCAUCCAGUAUUGAUAAAGUUGGCAGUGAUAAUGAAUCCACAAGUACACCAGUUAGACAAACUAGAAAAACUAGAAGAGAUUCUGCAUCCAGUAUUGAUAAACUUGAAUCAACGUUAGCUUCAAAUCCAAACUUUGAUUCAUGUAUAAUAACCGUCAUAGUCGAAGAAACAGACCCCACACCGCAAAAUCAAAAUGGUUCUGCAACAGAAAAUGAAAAAAAUGAAAUUGUUCUAAGAAAAAGUCCACGUUUAAAGGAAAAGAUACAUGACAAAGGAAAAGCAAAAAAAAAUAAUGACUCACAAGAAGAAAUUGCUGAUACUAGUAACAAUACUUUAAAUGAAACAACAAAUAAAAUUAAAAAAAACACAGUGUCUGCUGAAAACAAUACUAUAAUUACCGAAAAAGAACCUACACAAUUAUUAAAUACUAGUCUAAAAAUCAGUAAAGAAGUAGAUGAUAAUUCAAAACAGAAACUUUCUGAAACUAAUAUAAGUACAACAACAUUAGACGAUCAGAAUAGCUCUGAAAAUAAAAAGCAAAAGGCUGAUUCGCAAUCUAAAAUAAAUGAUAGUUUAUCUUUUGAUGACAGUAAAAUAAGUAAACAAGCAGGUAAUAAAAAAGAUGUUACUAUAAAUACUGAAGAACAUGGACAAUUAUCAGAUACUAGCCUAAAUAUCAUAAAAACGUCAGGAGAUAAAUCAAAACACAGACAUUCUGAUUCUCACAUUAUUUUGAUGAAAAAUCAGGGAAGUUCCAAAACAAAAAGGCAAAAGACAAUAUCUUUAACUUCUACUUCACAAUCUGAAAUAAGUGAUAGCGUUUUCUUUAGUGACAAUGAAAAAAGUAAAAAAAGGGUUGUUAAAAAAGAUGUCUUUAAGGAUAUGAGUUCUAAUGAACGCGUUGUUGAUAAUGUACAGAUCGAUAACAAUGAUCUUUGUCCAACUAAACUAACAGACACUAAAACAGGUGGUCUUUUACAUCAAAUGGAAUUGAAUUCUUCUGCAAAUAAUGAAAUUGAGGAGAUAUCAGAAACUAAUGCUACACCAAAAUCCAACAAGUCUCGCAAUAAAUCUUUUAAAUCCCCAUCUAAUAAACUACUCGAUAUCGAGAGUUCCCUAGGAACUGCAGAGAAUAUGAAAGCAAUGAGUGAUCAAGAUGAAACUAAAUCAGACACAACAUUUUUGGAAAAGCCAUCACAAAGAAUUAUACAAUCUGCUGAUAUAUUGGAAGAAUCCUAUGUACAUAUCAAAUCCAACGUAACCAAUAAGCAUUUAGAUUCUGAAGAUCAAUGUGUUCCUGUUGUAGAAACAAGAGAAAGUGGUGAAAAUUCUGAGCGUAUUAAUAGCAUCAUAUUAAACAAGUCUAAUAACAUAAUGAAUGUGUCAAAAACAGAUCUUCGAAAUUCUUCCAUCUUAAAUAAGUCAAACAAACAGAAUUCUAUGAAUGAUAGUUGUGAACCCAUGGAUAUUGAUGUUACUAUCCCAAAUACUGAAACUUCACAAUUUAAUAAAUCAUCUGAAAAUGUCAAGCCAGUAACAUCAUUUUAUGAGGUAAAUGCAAGUUUAAUAAAUAAAAGUAACGAAACAUCAAAAAGUAAGUCAUCGAUAUCUGCGCAAAAUUUGGAAAAAUCGGAAACUGAAAAUAAAAGUACCCUUAUAAUUUCACAGAUAAAUGAUGUAUCUUCAUCAGAAAAUAAUGUUUCCAAGUCACUUCAAUUAUACCAAGAGGUUUUAUCAAAAUCAACUAGUUCUGAUAUUAAUAAGGAAAAAAUAAUGGACAAAAAAAGACUUUCACUUGAACAGUAUUCUACAAGUACACCUCUUCAACAGAAGCAUACAAAAAAAUUAGAAAUGCAGAUAACUACUUAUGAAAAUGGGAGUAAGAAAACUGAUAAUAGUCGAGACUCAUACAAUAAAGAUAUAUCUAUUAUAUCGAAAUCAAGGGAACUAAACUCUUCGAGUUCUUCAGAAUCAGAAGAAAAGUCUUCAAAAACCAAAAGUCUACUGGAAGACGAGGCAGAUGUCGCUAGCGAUGAUUAUGAAUCUGGUGACAGCCAAGAUGAAGAUGAAAGGCAGUAUGAAGCGGAAAAUGAAGUGUUGGAGAAAGGCGAAACCUUAGAUUCUGAAGAAGAAUUUUCGAAUGAUUCAGAUUAUGAAAAAGAUUCUUUUGUUAUUAGUUCUAACGAAGAAGACCAAGAAUUACUGAGCGGCUCUGCUGAUGAUCUAUCUAUGAGUGACAAUGAACUAACAAUGAGUAAAAAGUCUAAGGAAAAGUAUAAUAUGCGCAAAAUAAAGGAACAAAAGAAAGCUUCCAAAGAAAUGUUUGAAGCCCGUCAUAAAUUAGAUAAAAGCGCAAACAAAUCGGAUCUAAAAAAAUCUCUACAACGCUCACAAAUAUUAGAAUCCUCCGAAGAUGAAAUAGAACAUAAAAAGAAAUAUAAACAUCGAAGAUUAAAUUCCAGUAAUGAGGAUGAUCUAAAUAAUUCUAAUACAAAUAAAUCCCUCAAUAAAAGAACUAAGAAAAACAGAUUAUUGUCCGAAUCUCAAUCUGAAUGCAAUGAAAGUACAAGCAAAGAACAAGAAAUAACAGUUUUUAAUGAUAGCGCUAUAGAUGAUGAUCCUUUAUCAACAAAGAUUAAACAAGAGCCUAAAACUCCAUUAAAAGAAUUAAAUAUAUCAACAGUCCAGAUUAACGAUAAUAUUGAAGAAGUAGAAGUCGAAAACAAUGUUUCAUUUUCUAAAACAAACCAAACUUUUGAUCCUUUGUGUAGCGUAAUGGUAGACGAAAACUCCUCGUCUCUGAGUGAAAAUCCAGAUAUUGUUAAUAAUUACGAUUCCAUACUUAACCAACUUAAUAAUGAAUGUGUAAAAUCUAAGAGUCUUAAAUCCCAUCAUGUUUCAAUUAAUAUGGACAAAGAAUCUAAAAAAACUAAAGCAUCAAUUUUAGAUGAACUGAAUGUGACUCAUACUAAAAAGUCUAAACGGAAUAAUAAGUCAAAUUCUGUAGAUAUUAUUGACGCACCACAAACAAUCAAAGUGGCAAAGAAAGCAAAACAAAAUAAAAUAUCAAACAAUGUUGACAAAGAUAGUUCAUCAGACUCAAUAGAUUUAAAAUUACUGUUUUCUGAAGAGAGCACUGAUUUUGAUAAUGACAAAGGACAAACUAUGCAGACUGGAAAGAGGAAAGACUCUGCUGAUAAUUUCAUACCUCUCAAAAGAACACCAGGAAAAACAAACAUCAUAAAUGAACAAGAUGAUGAACAGUCUUCAAACGAUGAAAUUCAAUUUAUAAUAGAUACAGAGGGCUCCAAACAAAAAACAGACGACUCCUGGAAUGCGUUAUUGACCGAAAGUGCGAAAAAGAAAAACAAGAAAACUAAAUUGAGAGACAUUUCACGAGAAAAUUUAGUGACACAUGAUGAAGGAGCUAAUGACGAAGAUGAAGAUGUCCCAUUAGAAGUUCCGAUUGAAAUCUCUAAAAAUGAAAAAAGCAGAAAAUCUAUCAACACUGUAGACACAACAGAGAAACAAAAGCAAGACAUAGGUGAGUAAAGAUGCAAAUAAAUAUAUUUUCUUUUCAAAGUUAUUAACGUUUUCAUUUUUUCUAUGUCAUUUGUCAUUUUGCGUGGAUAUCGGAAUAAUUAUUCUAAAGAACCUUUUUCAAAGGGGUUUAAAUAUUUUAAUGUAGAAGUUCGUUGUCCUAAUGUUAUUAAUAUUAACUGAUUUCUUUAACUUGUCAAUAAAUAAUUUCAGUUGAACAUAUGACCCGCGACACAUCUCUGAAUGAAUUGGACAGCGCUAAGAAAAAAAAGAAGAAACAAAUUCUGGAAAUAUCAGAGCUACCUACGGAUGUCGUGUCCAAUACGAAAAAAAGAAAAAGGAAGUCAUCUGCAAAUAAUGAUAUCGCAAAUGAUUUCGAAAAAGAGGUUGAAGAAUUAUCGGUUGAUGUGCAAACGUUGAACGCUUCUCUAUCUGCUGGCAGACAGAAGAAGAAGAGAAAAAUAUCCCAACAUGACCUGAGUAACCAAAGCAAAGGUACUUACUAAACAAAUCACGUUCGGCGUCCUUCAUAGUUCAUAUAAUGUUAUAAGGAGAAUUAACACUUCAAUUUAGAUCAAUAAAUACCAUCAUUACGACCAAUGA